GACCGUGACCAAACUGGUCACCCGGCUUGAUUGCAGGGUAUGCAAUCUCUGUCACAUACCAGCUAGCAUAGCAACCGCACAGAUCUACUGAGAUCCGAAGUUUCUGUUUGGCUUUACAAGUAGCAGUCAUAAUAUAUUUCAUGGUGAUUGCUACAGCGUAGUUGCACUUUUGUCCAUAGAAGCACAGUUGUACCACACCGGGGUUACCAGGAUGGAGUGGCAGCCAGAUGAGCAGGGUCUGCAGCAAGUGCUACAGCUGCUCAAAGACUCGCAGUCCCCUGACACUGCAACGCAGAGGGCUGUGCAAGAAAAAUUGGAACAGCUCAAUCAGUUUCCAGAUUUCAACAACUAUCUCAUCUUUGUCCUCACAAGCCUCAAAUCUGAAGAUGAGCCCACUCGCUCACUGAGUGGUUUGAUAUUGAAGAACAAUGUAAAGGCUCACUACCAGAACUUCCCUCCCAAUGUGGCAGACUUCAUCAAACGAGAAUGCCUCAACAACAUUGGAGACCCUUCACCGCUUAUCAGAGCUACGAUCGGUAUCCUGAUCACAACCAUAGCCUCCAAAGGAGAGCUGCAGACCUGGCCAGAACUGUUGCCUCAGCUAUGUAAUCUGCUCAACUCAGAAGAUUAUAACACCUGUGAGGGUUCUUUUGGAGCACUGCAGAAAAUUUGUGAGGACUCAUCUGAGUUGUUGGAUAGUGAUGCACUAAACCGACCUCUCAACAUCAUGAUCCCCAAAUUCCUCCAGUUUUUUAAACACUGCAGCCCCAAGAUCAGGUCCCAUGCUAUAGCAUGUGUGAACCAGUUCAUCAUUGGUCGAGCUCAGGCUCUAAUGGAUAACAUUGACACCUUCAUUGAGAGUCUGUUUGCACUGGCUGGUGAUGAAGAUAGCGAAGUCCGGAAGAACGUGUGCAGGGCUCUGGUUAUGUUGCUGGAAGUUCGUAUCGACCGCCUUAUCCCACACAUGCACAGCAUUAUACAGUACAUGCUGCAGCGGACACAGGACCCAGAUGAAAAUGUUGCUCUGGAGGCCUGUGAAUUCUGGCUGACUCUGGCUGAACAGCCCAUCUGUAAAGAGGCCCUCUCUGGCCACUUGGUCCAGCUGAUCCCUAUCUUGGUAAAUGGCAUGAAAUACUCAGAGAUUGACAUAAUUCUGCUAAAGGGAGAUGUUGAAGAGGAUGAGACAAUUCCAGACAGUGAGCAAGACAUCAAGCCUCGCUUCCACAAGUCCCGCACAGUCACUCUACAGCAUGAAGGAGGGGAGGGUGAGGAAGGAGAGGACAUUGAUGACGAUGAGGAUGAUGACGAUGAUACACUGUCUGACUGGAAUCUACGGAAGUGUUCCGCAGCAGCUCUGGAUGUUCUUGCCAACGUGUUUCGUGAGGAGCUGCUUCCCCACCUCCUACCACUGCUCAAAGGCUUGCUUUUCCACCCUGACUGGGUCAUCAAGGAGUCCGGCAUCCUGGUCCUGGGGGCUAUUGCUGAGGGCUGUAUGCAGGGAAUGGUACCUUAUUUGCCUGAGCUCAUCCCUCAUCUCAUCCAGUGUUUGUGCGACAAAAAGGCACUGGUUCGCUCCAUCGCCUGCUGGACACUCAGCCGUUACGCCCACUGGGUGGUCAGCCAGCCUCCCGAUGCUCACCUCAAACCCCUCAUGACUGAGUUACUCAAACGCAUUCUGGAUGGCAAUAAGAGGGUCCAGGAGGCAGCAUGCAGUGCGUUUGCCACCCUGGAGGAGGAGGCAUGUACAGAACUGGUUCCUUACCUGAGCUUUAUUCUGGACACACUGGUUUUUGCUUUUGGGAAGUAUCAACAUAAGAACCUCCUCAUCCUCUAUGAUGCCAUAGGAACACUGGCAGACUCUGUGGGACACCAUCUCAACCAGCCGGAAUAUAUACAAAAACUGAUGCCUCCAUUGAUAGCAAAAUGGAAUGAGUUAAAGGAUGAAGACAAAGAUCUCUUUCCUCUGCUUGAGUGCCUGUCGUCUGUUGCUACGGCGCUACAGAGCGGCUUUCUCCCCUACUGUGAGCCCGUCUAUCAGCGCUGUGUCACUCUGGUGCAGAAAACGUUAGCUCAGGCCAUGAUGUACAGUCAGCAGCCAGACCAGUAUGAAGCACCCGACAAGGACUUCAUGAUUGUUGCCCUGGAUCUUUUAAGUGGCUUGGCAGAGGGACUUGGGGGGCAUGUGGACACUCUUGUGGCUCGCAGUAACAUCAUGACUCUGCUUUUCCAGUGCAUGCAGUACCAGGAUACAAUGCCCGAAGUAAGACAGAGUUCAUUUGCUCUACUGGGAGACUUGACCAAGGCUUGCUUCCCGCAUGUCAAACCAUGUAUUGCGGAAUUCAUGCCGAUCCUGGGUACAAAUCUGAACCCAGAGUUCAUCUCUGUCUGCAACAAUGCUACCUGGGCCAUAGGAGAGAUCUGUAUGCAGAUGGGAGUGGAGAUGCAGCCUUACAUUGCUAUGGUUCUGAGCCAGCUUGUUGAGAUUAUCAAUCGACCCAACACCCCUAAAACUCUCCUGGAAAACACCGCAAUCACCAUUGGUCGUCUGGGCUACGUGUGUCCUCAGGAAGUCGCACCAAUGCUGCCACAGUUUAUCCGACCUUGGUGUACAUCGCUGCGCAACAUUCGAGAUAAUGAGGAGAAAGACUCUGCCUUCCGUGGGAUUUGCAUAAUGAUUGGUGUAAACCCAGGAGGUGUGGUCCAGGACUUUAUUUUCUUCUGUGAUGCGGUGGCCUCGUGGGUGAAUCCUAAAGAUGAUCUGAGGGACAUGUUUUACAAGAUCCUGCACGGUUUUAAGGAGCAGGUUGGGGAGGAGAACUGGCAGCAGUUCUCGGAACAGUUUCCCCCCCUGCUGAAGGAGAGACUGGCAGCCUGUUAUGGCGUUUAGAUUCUCUACACCCACCUUAGAGGUGAGCCAGCAGGAGGAGGGUGAUUGGGAAACUCAUCCAUCUGUGUAUUGCACUGCCCUGAUCUGGGGGGAGGGAGAGGGACACUAUUGGCCACUCCCCCUGACGUACGGCCCCCACGCCCUAUGUGUUUGUCCAUAGAGGGAGGGAGGGCGGGUGGGAGGGAGGGACAGUGGGACACCUCUAGAUUAACUAGGCAGGGACCUGACACAGAAUAACUAACAGGUAGGGACAGAUAGCGAGAAGGACACGCAGAAGAAACGGAGGAAGGCAGGGACAGAGAGGCACAGAGAAAGUUCAGGGAAAGAGAGGGAGGGGACGCAGUAGCAAGGCAGCAAGAGCUACAGAACGCUCUUACUUGGCUGGGAGGACAGGGACGGUUGAGGAUUUCAUGGAAUUUGUAAACCGAAGAGUAACGAUAGCUUGACAGAGACGGACCAGCAUAUACAGACUCACACAAACACACUUUCACAUGCAGUACAUUGAACUGACUGUGGGUGGCACUAUGAUUUAGACUUUUUGAGACCUACUAUAUGUAGUUAGGGACAGACAGGUGUCUAAACUCGGUUCAUUUCCUGGGCUGUAUCUUUCUUUUCUGGGGGAUAGGAUCCAAUAUGAAUUUCUUCAUCCGUUGUCACUGAAUUCUACUCAACUGUAAGAUAAAGUCACUAUUCACAUCCGUUUCCUAUCCUUUAGUCUGACCAUAGUGCUGCUUCAUAGAGCUGUCAAUCUACCUGACAUAUUCCUGUCACAUUUUCUACCUGAUCAACAAAAAAGACUUCACAGAAUCCAUUCCUCUAGGAAGGGAGGAUUAGGGCUAACACAUUUGUUUUUUUCUCACCAGAAGGGAGGGAAACGUAAAAACAAAUCACAUCUUUACUUGUCUGAGGUUUUGUGUCUGUAUAUGUGUGCACGUGUGCGUGUGUGUGUAUGCAUGUCCAGUAUGUAAAUCCUGACUUCAGCGUUCUGUGUUAAGAGUUUGUAAACCAUGUAUUGUUUUUGAUAUGGUACCAAGCUAAACUUGACUCCCACCGCAAUGUCCUUGGCACCUGUUAACUGUGACCAAGCGUUUGUGUGUGUAUGUGUGUGUGUGUGUGUGUGUGUGUGUGUGUGUGUGUGUGUGUGUGUGUGUGUGUGUGUGUGUGUGUGUGUGUGUGUGUGUGUGUGUGUGUGUGUGUGUGUGUGUGUGUGUGUAAGUAUGUGUUUACAUCUACAUUUGCGUCAAUAUCCAUGUGAUGCCAUAUUGAUAUCUUAAGUAAAACAGUGAUUGGCAAUGUCAUUGUGAUCUUUAUAAUGUUUUAAACUGGUCCAUUCUUUUGCUGCUACUGAUGACAUUUAUUUCCAUAGUGGACUUAAAUUUACACAUUUAACGCAAAAAGGUUUUUCAAUUAAUGCUAUUGUCAGUGACUGUUAAGUUGUUUUUUUUGCACUUUUUAUUUUAUUUACUUUGUAUUUUUUUAAGCUCACCCAUAUGAUAUGUCUUGACCCUAAUGUCAGUGUUUGUCAUACUGUGUUGCACUGUGAAAUUAAGUGUCUUUGGCAAAAAUAUCUCAAUACUAAAUGGCAAAUAAAAACACCUUUGUGAAAUUGCGACUAAUCCGCACUUUUACAACUGCUAAUCUUGCCAUUGUGUGUGUGUGUGUGUGCGCGUGUGGUAUACUUUUUGCAUAUAUUUCAUUGGAAUAUAAUUUCCCUUUACACACCAACACACCACCUCAGUUCACAAUCUAGACAAAGCACAGUUUACUUCAAAGAGGAAGAGCUAGGACACUGCCAAAGAGCAAUAGCCACAGAAAUUUAAAAGCAGAUACAAUAAAGAGAGAAGCUGCUAUUUCACUAUUUAACAUGUGCAUUUUGAUAAUGUAAAGGUACAGACAAUGUAAGGCUUUAUAGGAAUAAUUUGAAUUGUUUGCCUGCAAAACCUAUUAAGGUAUUAUAUUUUUUCAUUGACUCUCUUUGCAAUUGUUUUCUAGUAUGUAGCCAUUUAAAAACCCUUAAUGCUUAAUUUGACCUAGACUGUGACCACUGAGAUAAUCCUACUAAGCAUAAAGCUGAAAAACAAGACAAUCUGAACCCACAACUCCAGUAUCUUAGUUCAGAUCUUGUACAAUUUUUUUUUAUGUGUUCUCUUCAGUGUUUGCUUAUACUGAGGUUCUAUGAACAAUGUUGCUGUAGUAGUAAUGCUGUAGUAGUCUGCUUCAGUGAAAGAUUAAUUCUGUUAGAAAGCAAAGACUGCAUUUUUAAUAGGUGGCAAAAAAUGUUGGGAAAAGGAAUGAAUAGAAGACAGAUUACAUACUGUUUAUUUAAUACGGAGCAUGAAAUUGUUUGUUGACAGAAAAGUUUUAAUACUUUGCUUUUUCUGUGGAUUUCAUUCACCAGUCAUUCUUUUAUCGAAGGUGGAAAUAAAAAAACAAUUUUUGUGUAAAUGAUGACUGAUUGAAAUAAAUAAGAAGUUCUUAUGCUGGGUUGAAAUGCAUCAUUAAAAAUGUAGCCAUGGCCACUUAGAUAUGA